CGUUAAAUGAAAGCUUCUAUUCCGUCCACAACUAUAUGAACUAUUUGAAACUUCACGAUAACACGUUCAACGUUGUGUUGGCGAUGUAGUAUGUUAGACAUUGUGCACUUACUAAUCAGUUGACCUUGGAUAUGAUAUGAUUGAGAUUACUCACGUUAUAUUUGACGUCGAUGGUCUUAUUUUGGAUACAGAAUCCAUAUACACUGAGUUCACAUCAAAUUUUCUUAGUGAAUACAAUUUACAGUUCGACUACAACAUAAAAAAACUAAUGAUGGGAAGAAAACCUCAUGAAGCCGGUGAAAUACUUGUAAAGCACUAUAAUUUGCCACUAAGUGCUAGUGAAUUUAUCCAAAGGCAGUCAAAAUACAUUACUCCAAAAAGAUGGGAAAGUGUUCAGUGUUUACCAGGUGCAGAGAAACUUAUUUUGCAUCUUGCUUCUCAUAAUAUUCCUAUGGCCCUAGCUACUGGUUGUUGCAGUUAUGAACUUGAUCAGAAAAUGAGAAGUCAUCAAGUUAUAAUGACCAAAGUAUCUCAUUCUGUUUGCUCUGGUGACGAUCCUACUGUAAGUAUGUGACCAAGCAGAAAUGUGAUAUCCCCGUUUAACUUUCCAGAAUGUAAUAUACCAGGGUAGUAACGAAUGUAUAGUUAAACUCUUCCAUUCCUGUUUUAGGUUCUUAUCUUUUUCCUGUCACAUUCCUGUACCUUUUUACUUAUGUUGUACGUAACAACGGCAGGAAGAUUCUAAGCUUGUAUCCGUUUUUAGUAUACCAAGCUAAAUAUUUAGCUUGGUAUAUUUCUUGAAUACGUAUGAAUUUCUUUGAAAUUCGCACUGAGAUCAGAAAACCAAGAAUUUUUGUUAUUCCUUUCGUAGUAUCCUUCAGUAUGUGUUUAGUCUUUUAGUUGAGUAGGAUGAGAAAGCAGGUACCAUUUCCUUUAACGGCGAAUCCUGAGAGUCAGUUUAAUAAGACCAUGGGAAGGUCUACACAUCACGAUUAUACUCCAUUCAUAACUUUGGAUUCUCCUGUUGUAUCUUGAGUUGUGAUUACCUGGUUGGAAAAGUAAUUAGGAGUGUAUAUAUUUCUUAGUCAUUUAAUAGUUCAUCUCGUAAUUUGAUAACACUAUGCCUAUCUAAAGCUUAGCUAACCUAUUUCGUCUAACUUUGUGGAAUUCAUCAGUGGCCUACUGCUCUGCAACAAUAACCAAAUGGCAAUGGUCUCCAAGCCGUCAUUGUAAAUAAGAACUGAUGACAGGUGCUUUCCGAUUCUUUUAUUGCCACCCUUUAUUUAUCUUACAUGUAUCGAGACACUGUUACAGUAAUUUGUUAACCGUGUCUUAGACUAGCUUAUCAAGAUUCACCUGGAUUUCUUCCGCAUCAUCAUUUGCAUUUCUCCCAAUAUUUUGACAUCGGCGUUAAGUAGCAUUGAAAACUAAGUGAAAAUUGGAAGGUCAUUAACAUAGGAUCAAUAACAGCCUACUGUUGUUAUUUAUGGUACUUCACCAAGUACGGGUUUCCAAAAGUUACUUCAGAAUUGAUUCGUACUCUCAUCGGCAAAAACUCGUCGAUCUACCGAUAAGUGGUCUGCAGUCGGUUCUGAGCUUAUGAACGUACUGUUCGUGUGCUCGCAAAUAUCCUGCUCUGAAAGCCACAAUGUCAAUUCCAAAAUAGUUACUAGAUGAUCACGUCGGAUUCUUAGUAUAUUGCAAGAAAAACAAAUUAAUCUUAAUAAGUCCGAUGUCAAACAGUAGUUUAGAAACCCUUGUAAUAUCAUUUUUAUCCUCUGAAUAUUUUUACAGUAUCUCACAUGUAUGUGUGCAUAGUUACUAAAUUGUAAUUAAAAAACAUUUUCAACUGUAUUCAUCAUACUCAGCAAAGUCCUUCAGAUCAGGUUCACAACCCUAACAUUUUCUGUAGCUUUAAAACAUCUUAUCAUUAUAAUUUCCAAACUACUCACAUUUUUAAUUUACAUCAAUUUUAGGUUAAGCAUGGUAAACCUAUGCCGGAUAUAUUUCUAACUACUGCUAGCAGAUUUAAAAUUCCUCCAGAUUCCUCUGAUAGUGUUUUAGUGUUUGAAGACUCUCCAAAUGGUGUUGAAGCCGCUCUAUCAGCUGGAAUGCACGUUGUAUGGAUUCCUGAUCCACGAGAACCACCUGGAAAUUUUCCGAAAUCAACUUCAUCCAUUGACAUAUCACGUGUCACUAGAUUAAAUUGUCUGUCUGAUUUUAAACCUGAACAGUUUGGUCUUCCAAGACGUAAGUAGUAUAUAACACCAAUCAGAAGUUGAAUGCCUGGCAGCAGAAGGUUGAGAAGAUCGAAUCGAAGAGAACGGCAACAGAGAGUAUUUGUUAUGGUGAUGAAGAAACGAUGAAGUUUGAGACAGUUGGUGGAGAAUUUGCAAAUAAAGUAUUGAACGUAUUGUUUUUCACAUUUUAUCAAAGAAAUUUGUAAUUUUGUAUUAAAAUAAACUGGUUGUUCCCACUUGUGUUCUCAUUAAUUACAAUAUCACCAAGGAAUCAGAAGAAAUAGUUACAAACGGGAUAAAAUGUGUGAAUUAUGCGUUGUUCUAGAUAAAGACUCGACUUUUUACGUUGCUGCAGAUUUGAAACUGUAGCACCUAGGUUCUCUAACAGUAGUCGGCGAAUUUGGCAGAGAUUCCAACUAGGAAUUGUUCACCGUUCAUAACUCAUGUUGAUCAGUAGGAGUCUUAAACUAUGUGAAUAGCUUCGGUUAAUCCUACUAGGUCCAGUCUUGCUGUAACUAGAUUGUAUUUUUGAUAAUUGUUAUUAUAACUAUGUGCAUGCGAUAUUCAUAGUUGGGAUUCUGUUUCUACAUUGAUAUUUUUGAAGCAUUCACAUAAAUUAUUGUAACCCAUUACUGACAACUACACUGUUCCAUCCUAAUUCAGCUAAAUGUCCUAGCAUUUUAUAAUCUUCCCUAGUAUUCAUUUUUAGAAGCAACAAUUGAAUUAUCUCAAACUCCAGUUAUCUAA